GUGUGACAGAUGCUAGCUGUGGGGCUAACGCUUAGUAACUGCUACCUGGAAUGUUCCGCGGUUCCGGGGGAGAAUAAGCGCUGAUUUCCGCGGUUCCGCUGAUCCUCUGUUCGGUAGAAGUUUCUGGAAUUCCCGCUGAAGAGCGGGGGAGAGAAAGGGGGAGGAAAAGAGGAGAAAGGAGGGAUAAAUAGCGCUUUUCUGACUGAUCUCUAACUCCGUGUUGACAUUACCAGACUCGGGCUGGCGGAGCGAAAGCGAAGCGCAGCAGCAGCGGAGAGAGAGCCAUGUCUCCCGGGCAGAACCCGCACACUCUGCUGGGGCGGAUCCGCUUCCUGAACCGCUGCACCGAGUGCUUCAGGACCGGAGAGCCGCUCCCGGAGAGCCUGUGCUUCGUGCCGCGGGAGGUGUGCUAUAAGAUCUGUAAGGACUCGUCCAGCAACUCCGGGUCCUCGUCUGCCUCCUCUUCAGCUGGAAACUCUGGAGGAAAGACCCUGGUUCCGGUCUGGGACCACCCGAACCAGCCGCCCACCAGGAAGACCGCCCGGUGCACCAUCGAGCCCAAGAAGGGGACCUGCAUCCGAACCUCCGGGGAGGAGUACUACAACAGCCACGGCCUGUGGGUCAAAAUCAGCAAGGAGCAGCUGGAGGAGUACCGCAGUGGAGUGGAGCUGGAGGAGGGCUGGAUUCUGGCCUGUAAACACGCUGAGGGAGGAGACAGGCUCGUUCCCGUCGAAGCUCCGGACACGGCCAGCAGACAGCAGCAGCUCUUUGGAUAUGACCACAAACCCUGCAACAGGUGGGAGCAGGUGGUAGACGCAGAGAGUUGCCUACACCUGGGUGGCCAACCCAAAGUGGCAGAGCGCGAUGAAGCGGCUGUACAGAAGCUCAGGUAUGUGCCUUCCACCUGGACAUUUGAGUGUGAUGAGGACCUCGUUCACUACUUUUACGAUCACGUGGGGAAAGAAGAUGAGAACCUGGGCAGUGUGAAGCAGUGUGUGAGCAGCGUGGACGUGUCCUCAUGUUCGGAGGAUCCGAGCGGUGGAGCUGGCUGCCUGACUGAUGGAGACACGGAGACGUACUGGGAGAGCGACGGCAUGCAGGGACAGCACUGGAUCCGCCUGCACAUGAAGAGAGGCACUGUGGUCAAUAAGCUGAUUCUGACGGUGGACUCGACGGAUGACACCUACAUGCCCAAACGAGUGACGGUGUUUGGAGGAGAGGGAGAUAACCUGAAGAAGUACAGCGAUGUCACCAUCGAGGAUAAUCUGAUUGGUGAAGUGUGUGUGCUGGAGGACAUGACCUCACACCUGCCCAUCAUCGAGAUCAGGAUCGAGGAAUGUAGAGACGGGGGGAUUGAUGUGCGGAUCCGAGGGCUGAAGAUAAAGUCCUCGUGUGAGCGUGACCUGGGGCUGAACGCUGACGUGUUCCAGUCGCCUCACCUGGUGCGUUACCCGCGGCUGGAGGGCACCCCGCCUGACGUCCUGUACCGCCGCGCCCUCGUCAUCCUGAGGUUCAUCUCCCUCCUGGAUGGCCUUCUGCCUCACCUGGUGCCAGCCUGGGACUACAGCCUGGGCACCUUUAACCAGAUUAAAAGUAUAAAGCAGUUUCUGCUCCUGUCUAAGCGCCGCUCGGCUCUCAUCAUCCAGUGCCUGAAAGAUUCUGAAUCCAGCAAACCCAACUUCAUGCCCCGCCUCUAUAUCAACCGCCGCCUCGCCAUGGAGCACCGGGACAACCCCAGCCUCGACCCCACCUGCAAGAACGCUGUUUUCACUCAGGUGUAUGAAGGUUUAAAGCCCUCAGAUAAGUACGAGAAGACCCUGGAUUACAGGUGGCCUGCUCGCCAUGACCAGUGGUGGGAAUGCAAAUUUAUAGCAGAGGGAAUCAUCGAUCAAGGAGGAGGAUUCAGGGACAGUCUGGCAGACAUGUCUGAGGAACUCUGUCCCAGUUCAGCUGAAUGUGCCAUGCCCCUGCCUUUCUUCACCAGAACCUCCAACCAGGUUGCUGGAGAGGCGAGGGAUUUUUACGUGCCGAACCCCUCGUGUCGAGAGUUCCAGAAGUAUGAGUGGAUUGGUCAGCUGAUGGGAGCGGCUCUGCGAGGGAAGGACUUUUUGGUUCUGGCUCUGCCCGGAUUGGUGUGGAAGCAGCUCACUGGAGAGUCGAUCAGCUGGAAUGAAGAUUUUCCUGCAGUGGACUCUGUGCUGGUGAAGCUGCUGGAGGCGAUGGAGCGUAUGGAUAAGGAGACGUUUGAUUUUAAGUUUGGGCAGGAGCUGGUGUACAGCACGCCGCUGAGCGACGGCCGGCUGGUGGAGCUGAUUCCCGGGGGAGGUUCAGUGGUGGUGCGAUAUGAGGACCGCAUGGAGUUCGUCCGGCUGGUGCAGAAAUCCAGGCUGGAGGAGAGCAAGGAACAGAUAGCUGCCAUCCAGGCAGGCCUCAUGAAGGUGGUGCCGCAGGCUGUGCUGGAUCUUCUGACGUGGCAGGAGGUGGAGAAGAAAGUGUGUGGAGACCCGGAGAUCACUGUGGAGGCUCUGAAACGCCUUACUCGUUAUGAGGAUCUGGAACAGACAGAUGUCAGAGUGCAGCAUCUGUGGGAAGCCCUGACCAACUUUACUAAUGAGGACCGCAGCAGGUUCUUGAGAUUCGUAACGGGGAGAAGUCGCCUUCCAGCUCCGAUCUACGUCUUCCCAGAUAAACAGGGAUCUGAAACUACAGACGCACUCCCGCAGUCCUCGACCUGUUCCAGCACCCUCUAUUUACCAAAAUACCCAAGUGCUAAAGUGUGUGAAGAGAAGCUCCGCUAUGCUGCGUAUAACUGCGUAGCCAUCGACACAGACAUGAGUCCCUGGGAGGAGUGACCCGCACACACCAUGUUUACCAGUUUUACACCCCAGGAUUUUAUACAUCACUAGCUUUAGCAUCACUAUCCACAAGACCAUAUCUGUACUGAUGCCAAUUCCAGCUGUAUAUAAUAAACACAAAUAUAUUAAACACA